AUGGCGAGGAUAAAGCCGAAACAGUUGCUAAUUCAGAGCAAGACGAAGAAGGGUCCAUCGCGAAUCAGUUAUUCUAGCAUCAUCACCUGGAACCUGAUCGUCGUCUUGGUUGUGCUAUCUCUCUAUGCAACUUACAGGCAUUGGCAUCACAGGCCGGCCUUCGAGGCUGAAAUGGAUCUUCCUCGGGCUGAGAAUAUAGAAAGAUCUGAGGAUUCAACAAAAAUAAGUACCCCAAGCUACGUGAUAAUGGACACUUUGAAAGGCUCAAUUACCAUAGAAAUAUCCAAAGAUGCUUCUGCUGGUGUUGUGGACAGAUUUAUCAACUUAUGCAAGAGUGAUUAUUUUAAAGGAAUGCCAUUUCGUCAUGUCAUAAAAAACUUGGUAAUCUAUGGUGGUGAUUUUGAUUUGAAUGGAGCUGCCCAUGAAUGGAUACUGAAAGCCAAAGCCAGUGGAGAAAAUGCUCUCAGUCCAAAGCAUGAGGCCUUCAUGAUCGGGACUACAAGGAGUCCUAAUAAUAAAGGAUUUGAUCUAUUUAUCACGACUGCUCCAAUUCCUGACUUGAAUGGCAAGAUCAUUUUGUUUGGGAGAGUUAUUAAGGGAGAAGAUAUUGUUCAGGAGAUUGAAGAAAUCGAUACUGAUGAGCAUUACCAGCCCAAAACCCCUAUCGGCAUAAUUAACAUCAGCCUUAUACAGGAGCUUUGA